GCAUUAACAUCAGCGAGAUGCUCACGGAAUAUUGUCAUGGCAUCUUCUUCUUCGCCUUCCUCUGGCUAUAAGUCUGAACCAUUGCCUGCUUAAGGCCAUGCUUGGCGUUUUUGUGAAGAGUCACCAUCCAGGCCCUGGAUUGUUUUCUUCCUAAGUUGCGUCCAAGUAACGUCGACAUUUCAGACCAAACACCGUGUUUACAUGCCUGGCCAAGAUCUAGAAACAACGCGAGGAGCGAGAUGUGCCGAAGGCUCCUCCCCUGCAAGGCACCCCGCUAACCAGCCAGAGAAGACUCAGUCUACGUCACCAUACGAACGACCAGCUUCGACAUCUCACGAAAUGGCUUGUUUCUUAUUUUUGGCUCUCUAACAAUGUUCUUUGAAGGCGUGUAGACGGCCACAAAGCUCCUCCUGUGACUUAACGCUGAGUAAAACGAACGCGUCUGUUCCGUCCAAGCUGCGUCUGCACAGUCCUGAAAGUCGACAGGCUGAACUGACACUGUGGGGCGAGAUCUGGGCUCCUUUGAACCGAGGCGACGCGGAACACUUUCCCCAGCCAACAAAAGCACGUUUAAUUCAAACCUCUCUCUCUGUCUUGUCUCUGCAUGAGUUGCCCAAUUGCCCUGCCACAAUCCGUAUAUAUGUCCACAUAGUUUGAUUUUUGCAUAUCGUUAAGUUUUCACCAUGGCAUCCAACAAAUUAUCGGGCGAAGAGAUAGCAAAACACAACUCCACAGAGUCUUGCUGGGUAGUCAUUCAUGGCAAAGCUUAUGACGUGACUGACUUCCUGCCUGAACAUCCCGGUGGUCCCAAGAUAAUACUGAAGUAUGCAGGCAAAGAUGCGACAGAAGAGUACGAGCCGAUUCAUCCUCCGGACACGCUCGACAAAUAUCUAGACAAGAGCAAACACUUGGGACCGGUUGACAUGGGCACUGUGAAGAAGGAGGAGAAGGCUCGCGAUCCCGAUGAGGAGGCCCGGCAGAAGAGAAUAGAGACUAUGCCCGUUCUAGAGCAAUGUUAUAAUCUUAUGGAUUUUGAGGCCGUUGCGAAAAGAGUUAUGAAAAAGACCGCCUGGGCGUACUACUCGUCCGGGGCAGAUGAUGAAAUCACUAUGCGCGAGAACCACGCGGCAUUCCAAAAAAUUUGGUUCCGUCCCAGAAUCCUUGUCGACGUAGAAAAGAUAGACAUGUCUACAACGAUGCUUGGAACACACGUCUCGAUACCAUUCUACGUGACUGCCACUGCGCUCGGCAAGCUCGGCCAUCCAGAGGGCGAAGUCAUUCUCACGCGUGGUGCCCAUAAACACCGUGUCGUACAGAUGAUCCCUACUUUGGCAUCGUGCUCAUUUGACGAAAUAUGUGAUGCCGCACAGGACGCGCAGCCGCAGUGGCUACAGUUAUAUGUGAACAAGAAUAGAGAAAUCACCAAGAAAAUUGUGCAGCAUGCUGAGAAAAGGGGAAUCAAAGCUCUUUUCAUCACAGUUGAUGCACCGCAAUUGGGCAGACGAGAAAAGGACAUGCGUUCCAAGUUCGAUGACGUUGGAUCCAAUGUCCAAAAUAAAAGCGGCGAGAACGUCGACCGUUCACAAGGAGCUGCGCGAGCUAUCUCAAGUUUUAUUGACCCAAGUCUGAGCUGGAAGGAUAUUCCCUGGUUUCUCAGUAUAACGAAAAUGCCGAUCGUUCUGAAGGGCGUGCAAAGGCUCGAGGAUGUGCUAAAGGCGAUCGAAUAUGGCGUGCACGGUGUGGUAUUAAGCAAUCAUGGCGGGCGCCAGCUGGACACUGCUCCUAGCGGUAUUGAAAUCCUGGCUGAGGUCAUGCCAGAGCUCAGGCGGCUAGGCCUGCAAGACAAGAUUGAGGUUUUCGUAGAUGGUGGCGUGCGAAGAGCGACUGAUAUUAUCAAAGCCGUGUGCUUAGGAGCAAAGGGCGUCGGAAUUGGACGACCGUUCCUGUACGCCAUGAGUGCGUACGGUCUGCCUGGCGUGGAUCGCGCUAUGCAGCUUCUAAAGGACGAGAUGGAAAUGAAUAUGCGAUUGAUUGGCGCCGCAAGAAUCGAGGAUCUCAACCCUUCCAUGGUGGACGCGAGAGGCUUGAUCGGCCAUGGCCAUGUGCAAACUGUUCCAAGUGAUACACUUGGCUUGACUGUGUACGACCCGCUCAGCGGACCCAAGGAAAAUAUUUUGACACACAAAACGAGCCCCAGAGCGAAAUUGUGAAGCAUUGUAUAUGGCGUCUAGAGGUAAAGCGAAGAGUGCCAUACCUUUGGAUCGGCAUUGGCCUAUAGUUCCGACGAUGCGAAUGCCAAACACGAAGCGGGCAUUCACCGCUUAGCGUAAUGUCGAAGGGGUUGGCACAAAACAGAUAGUCUACUCUCUUGUUCUCCACAUAGGCAUGUCGAUAAUUGACAGGUUGUACAUCGCAAAAUGUGAUAACUAUGACAGAAGUCUUGUCACAAGACCAUGUACGGUCAUAAUCAAAGAAAAGCGACGAGGCGUAGCUCGGCAGUAAUAUGAACAGGAAUAUUUGCAGCGAAACUCCAAGUCUUAAGAUAUCUCUUGUCCCAAGUGCGCGAUAGGUCAGAGUACGUCUUGUUGUUUUGAAAGGGUUGUAUAAGUCUCAUGCCUACAGCUGCCAGUCUCCAAAGGCGAAGGGUGGCGCGGGUUGGCUUAAUUUAGCUGGGUCUUCGCAG